AUGGCAGCAGCAGCAUUAACAACGGCUGAAGAUUACGAAGGCGAUUAUGACCUUGACGAUGAUUUUGAUGAUGAUGAAGACGAUUGUAAUUUUAGUUCUGAAACUGUACUCGGCGAUACAAUUGAUUAUUCUCAUCGAAAUAUUUCAAUGCUUGAUCCAAAUGAAUUAUUAACUUUAGUUAAAAAUCCAAAUCGUAUAAAAAAUUUUCAAUUAAAUUCUAAUCAAUUAUUAACACUUCCAUCUCAAAUUGAACAAUUUCAAUCAUUAGUAACAAUAGAAUUAUCAAAUAAUCAAUUAGUUCAACUACCAGCCGAAUUAUCAUUAUUAAAAAAUUUAAAGAAUUUAUAUUUAAAAAAUAAUUCACUCGAUGAUUUUUCUUUACCAAAAGAAUUUGAAUUAUUAAAACAAUUAGAAGUUAUUAAUUUAGGUGGAAAUCGCCUUAAACAAUUUCCUUAUCAAUUAUUUCAAAUGAUAAAUUUAAAAGAAGUUUAUUUGGGUUCAAAUCAAAUAGCAUUUUUACCGGACUUAUUUCAAACAUUAAUCAAAGUUGAAGUUCUUUAUAUGGGUGGAAAUCAAAUUGGUAAUGUUCCAGACUCAAUUGGUUACAUGCGUUCAUUAGUCGUUUUAAAUCUAAGUGGAAAUCGUUUACGGACAUUGCCACGUUCAAUUUCUCGUUUAGGGCGUCUAAAAUCGCUUUCAUUGCAUAAUAAUCAGUUUAGUGCGCUACCGCCAGAUAUUAUACGUCUUGAUUUACAAGAAUUAAGUUUAAGAAAUAAUCCACUUGUUGUACGUUUCGUUCGAGAUUUAACUUAUGAUGUACCAACUUUGAAAGAGCUAGCUGGUAGAACAAUAAAACUUCAUAAAAUAUGUUAUGAUGAUCAAUCAAUACCAAGAAGUCUUAUUGAAUAUCUAAAUGCAGCGAAAUCAUGUUUAAAUCCCAAAUGUAAAGGUGUUUAUUUUGAAAGUUGUCAUAAAAAUAUCAAAUUUGUUGAUUUUUGUGGUAAAUUUUAUUUACCAUUACUUCAAUUUCUUUGUUCACCUGCGUGUACAUCAACACCAACAUUUCAAAUGACAUCAUCUGAUUCUGAUGAUAAUUCAGAUGAUGUACCAAAUAAAGAUAUGUCUAGCAAAUUUAAAAAGGUGCUGCUUGGUUAA